AUGGAACUGCAUACGUCGGCUUGCCUAAUUGCUUUUACUUUAUUAGGCACCGUUCAAUGUUUCUCUACACUAUCAAAAAGUCCUUCUGGACCAACAGGAAGACAGAUGAUUUUCGAAUUAGAAUCCAAAAUGUCCUGUGUUUACGAGCCCUUAGUUCCCGGCGUGCAACUCGUUCUUGAUGUGGACACCUAUCCGGCUGGUACGAAAGGUCAAACAGUUCAGCUCAGAUUAACGUCUCCAUCAAAUGACUUUUCCGACUGGUCAACAGGAGAUGGAAACGCGCAUAUGCGACACAAUGUUACCGAAUCGGGUGAUUACGAGAUAUGCUUCUACUCACCAGUGCAGAUGAAAGUUACGUUCAGCAUGUUCUUCCAUAGUCCAGAGCAGCUUUCUCAGGAAUUAACUAAUCAUAGAGCUUAUCAAGAAUAUCAAAAACUUAUUGAUGAAGUGAUAGGAAAUCUUUUCCAGCAAUUAUAUAGGAUUAAGUAUAGUAUAAAAUAUUACAAUCAAAUUGUCAAUCGAGACGAAUCUGUGCAGCUCAAGAAUUCUUCAAAUAUUAAGAUGUUCUCCAUUGUUUUCUCCGGCAUUGCUUUUGUAGUGGCUGUUGUGAACGUCACAUUCAUAAGAAGGAUGUUCAAAGUUGAUAUUUCGAGAAUUCGUAUAUAA